AAAAAGGAGGAAAAAUAUAUAAACAGAACUUUGAUCUCUUGUGAACUAGUUACUAGGAAGUGUCCUAAUUAUUUGUGAAAGAAAAGGUUUUGGAAUCCGUUACAAUGUAAUUAGACAUCUCCAUGCACAAGAACUGGUGUAAAACAAAAACGAGCACCAAAGACAACUGAAGAUCCAAAACGUAGCGUGACUGAUAUUGGUGGUGAAGAUCCAACACGUAGUGUGACAAAGAUUGGUGGUGAAGAUCCAACACGUAGUGUGACAAAGAUUGGUGGUGAAGAUCCAACACGUAGCGUGACUGAUAUUGGUGGUGAAAGUCAAACAUGGCGUCCACUAACCAAACCCACCACCUCCGCUUUGAAGCACCACUUGCACUCACGUUAACCUCAAACCUCCUAAAGACUUAAAUGAUGUUGAGAGGUUUCAAGUGUUUUAACCUCCUAAAGACUUAAAUGUUGUUAUAAGAGAUUUCAAUUAGUUCAACCUUCAAAAGAUUUAAACAUGGUGUUAUGAGAGUUUCUAAUUCCUUUCAGUAAUGGAUGCUGCACUUUGGUGUCGGAUCACAUGAAAACCUUGAACAGUAUUAUGUUUUUAGACAUUCGCUUUGUUCACGUAUCCAUGGUAACACUGCUGUCGACCUUCGCUCACAAUGCAAUAACAGUUAUGCAAUAUGUUUUUGGUUUUCUAAUCUCUAAAAAAAAAGAUGGAUUUUAAUUCUUCUGAACUGGAUUUUUAACACAUUCAGCAUUUACAAAUACAAAUGUACUGGCUUGUUGAUAGAAAUAAUACCCCAUGUAAUUAAUUAAUCCAUUAUAAUACCUGCUUAUCAACCCCCUUCGCCCCGAUCUUUGCUUUUUCUACUUUUAUAUAUUUAUUGUAUAUUAUACCAUCAUGUUAACAUUUAAGUAGUUACACAAUAACACUUAGUUUUUUAUCUUUAGUUCUUAGUAUAAUUUGUAAUUGUAAAGUGCCUGAAACUGAUAUAGGCACGCUAAUAAAGUAAAGUAAAAUAAAUUGUAAAUGUUCUUCAGUUAUGGAGAACUGAUAUAACUGUAAUUGUAAAGUGCCUGAAACUGAUAUAGGCACGCUAAUAAAGUAAAGUAAAUUGUAAAUGUUCUUCAGUUGUGGAGAACUGAUAUAACUGUAAUUGUAAAGUGCCUGAAACUGAUAUAGGCACGCUAAUAAAGUAAAGUAAAUUGUAAAUGUUCUUCAGUUGUGGAGAACUGAUAUAACUGUAAUUGUAAAGUGCCUGAAACUGAUAUAGGCACGCUAAUAAAGUAAAGUAAAUUGUAAAUGUUCUUCAGUUAUGGAGAACUGAUAUAACUGUAAUUGUAAAGUGCCUGAAACUGAUAUAGGCACGCUAAUAAAGUAAAGUAAAUUGUAAAUGUUCUUCUGAUAUAACUGAUAUAACUAAGAGUACUGAUAGAUCUGAAGACCGUUUUGAAGCGUUAAUCAAGUUCAUUUACACAGUAUUUGUUUUUAUAUGGUGAGACUUUUACCUUGUGCUUUUAUACAGAGACUUAUUUUUAUUAUUAUAUAACAUUCUUUAAAGGGAGACUACUGUGUCCACCUUAUCUAAGAAGGAAAACACAGAGAUCAUAAUUUCCAUAUUUAGCACAUGCAUUUAAUAAUAAUGUGUAAGAAGUGCAACUCAUGUCUUCCAUAACAUUAUUUGUGUAAAAUAAAUCUUAAAUUUCAUAAUUAAUUUAGAAUAUAAAAAUAAGAUUGCAAUCAUUUUAAAAAUCAAAAUGAGUUAUAAGUAAACUUUUUUUUUUUAACUGUUAAAAUGAGCUUUAGAAUAUAUAAGUAAGACUUGUGAUUUUAAAUGUCAAAAUGAGCUUUAGGAUUAAAAAUAAGAUUUGAGAUACUGGAUGCCCCCAGAUGUUGAACCUGUAAAAACAUAAAAAAUUCAUUGUUAAACUUUUAAGAUUAAUUUUAUCCACAUUUUAUUAUAAGCAAUUAACAAAGUAUCACAGAGAUUUUAAAAUGCUUCCCUAUGUUCCAAAUUCGGUGCAGAUCAGUGUAAAACAAGAAGAUUGUGAUUGGAACAAAAGAGUGAGUUCGUGGCGGACAUAUUGGUACGGUUCCAUGGCAACAGGACAAGACUUCACCCAGUCUGUGUGGGUGGAGGGAACGCAGCGGCCAUCUUCUAGACACGAUGACAGCCGCAUGACCGAAUCUGUACGCAUCACAUCCUCAAGUCACGGGGGAUACAUCCCCUACAGUCAGCAUGCUGCAGCUGAGUACAAACAGAACCAAGAGAUGCGGAAACGUAACCAACAGGAGGACUUGUCUCCCACAGUUCAGUUAGCCUCGUCAAAAUACCGGCACAACAUCAGAAAUCCGGAAAUGCGAAAGAAACAGAACGAGCGUACUCGGCAGUGUGAUGCAAGGAGAGACAUGACGCAUUCUGCCAUGUUUUCUCAUUCCCGGACUCCUCAUCACAUCCCCGAACGACGCUCCUAUCAUGAAUCUUACGUCGAUAGGAGCUACGAUGGCGAUUUUACGUGCAACUGCAAGCAGUACCACUCCCACAAAUUCAGCCACGCUCCGGUGAAUCGAGCAAUCGUGAACCAGGCUCUGAAACGACAGAAGCUGCUGUCGUCGUACGACGAACCAAUGCUACAGAGCGACACGUACGAUGACCCGAGGAAUAUCUUCUGGUCCCCCGAGCUGUCGUUUCACUCCUUCAAGAUGGGUGCCCCUCUCGUCGUGUUUUCCUCUCUGUGGCCUCGGGAGACGGAGUUGAAGAACCACCUGAGAAACUCCGGACUGCAGCUGAUGUUAAUCCGUGGGGCUGUCCUUGACCUCUGUAAGCUGGCCGUGACCUGCGGACCGGUCCGCCUUCUCAAGUGCCUUAUUGACCUGUCGCUUGUUCGAGUUGACCAACAGUUUGAUAAUGGCAGUGGGAUGCUUCACUUGGCGUGUCUGUCACGUAAUUUAGACGCGAUGCAGUUUCUAAUCAACGCCAACAUAACACCCAACCUCCGAGACAGAAAUGGUUGUACAGCAGACCAAGUGUGUUUCUGUCCCCAGAUGAAGAAACAGCUACCACCGCGCUACCUCGUCCACAAGGAGGCGAACGCCCGCGAGCCGGCCAUGAGGUUGAAACCGAGUCUGCAGGACAAAGACACUAUCUUCAGUCUCGCGAGAAAUCCAAAAUUCUACACGGAAAUACAGAAAAAACUGCAGAUGUUUGACUUCAACGUGAACACCGAAUGUGACAGUAAUGGAGAUUUCCUGCUUCAUAUCGCAGUAAAGGGAGGUUUAACCCAUCUCCCGUCAAUAAUGAGCCUGAUGAAGAUCCAGACGGCCGAUGUUGAGCUGUGUAAUGCUGACGGCAUGACGGCACUCAUGUUGGCCGCGGCCGCUGGAAACUGUGUCCUCUGUGACGUGUUGAUUUGUCUGUUUGGAGCAGAUGCUAACAAGCAGAACCCGAACAUUGGCCGGUCUGCCUUACAUUAUGCUGUUGAAGGAAACCACAGGAAAACUGUCGAAUGUCUAGUGAGAAGGGGGGCUGAUGUGAACAUUGAGGAUCACGAUGGGCGUCGACCGGAUGAUAUCCCAUCAUACAACGGGAGUGAGGACGACUGUAAGGAGGUUAUCAGUUUCAACAGAAGUAAAAGGCUAGAGGCUCUCAGUGACCAAGUCAGAAAGGGCGAUGUUGAGAUGACGUUGCUGUAUGUGACAGACCUGUAUGUGGUUGACGAAGAUGGCUACACGUUGUUGAUGAUCGCCGUCAUCUACAACCGAGCCGAUACGCUCGCCAUUCUGCUCGCCAAAAACCGGUCAACCAUAAACGCCCAGCAUACCAAGACGGGGAUGACCGCUCUCAGUAUUGCUGCACAGAUGGGAAACGAUGCCAUUGUCGAGAUUCUCCUUGAACAAGGAGCAAACCCGGGUAUAGCAGACAUGGAUGGUUAUCUCCCUUUACACCAUGCAAUUCUCAACAACCAAGAGAUGGUGCUCGAUGUGUUUCUCCACUUCUUCCCAGACACGUUCAUCGGUCUGUACAAGGCUCAGAGGCUGUGUAAGAAGUCGUCGAUCCACAAGAAGCUCCAGCUGGCCUGGGAAAGGAGACAGGAGGAGAUCGUCAAUCCCAAAGUUCUUGACUGUUCUCUCAACGGAAAAGCCUCGGAACUCUACUGCAUGCUCGAUGAUGGAGACAGUAUUAAUCUGCGGAGUGGCAGUGGCAAUUGGCCGUUAUACUUGGCCGUAGAGAAUGGAAAUCUGGAUGUGGUCAAGCUACUGUUUGAGAAAGGCGGAGACAUCCGAAAACGUCACAGUACGACCGGGUCCACUGUACUGCACCUGGCCAGCAAGAUGGGUCAUUUCGCCAUCGUGGAAUUUCUCACCAGGUUCUGUCGGCCAUCAGGGGAGAUAACGAAGAUGCGACAGAAGGGUCAGAGUUGUAGAAGAAUCCUCGACAUCAAUGUGGUGGACGCCGAAAACAAAACGGCUCUACAGCUGGCAGCAGAGAAAGGUUUCAUUAAGGUAGCGAACCUGCUCCUGCAGUGUGGUGCUACGACGGCCAUACUGGACGCGAACGGCUGUCUGUUCACGUGUCCCGAGUUCGAGGGCUUGCGGAUAAUGAUCGACGCGGAACGCGACCAGCACACGAAGCUCAUCGCUAAAUGUAUCACGGACAAAUCCAAGAAGGCGUUCAACACUCUACAGGAAGCGUGGCUGCCCCGGUUUGAUCACAACCUGCGUACGAAGGAAGGCGACACCGCGCUGAUGUUGGCGUGCCGGUGUGGCCGUCUGCCGGUCGUCAAGUUCCUCCUCGAGUCGGCCGUGUACCCAGAAGUCUUGGAAGAGGACCACUGUGCCGAUUAUUCGGACGGAGAUUCCGGUGUUCUGGAUCCGAGCGGUCUGAUGAUCAGAAACAAACCACGAAGCCAUGUUGAAGAUGAUUUCCAGACGAGCUGUAACCUGUCUCAGUCAGUUGAGGUGGACGACCUAACUCGGUCGGUGGAAGUCCGGGAUAGACCAAUGUCUCCAUCACCUGACAAGCUGGACGGGACGCUACGUACCUUGCUGAAAGACGUCGUGCGGCCUAAAGGUCUGGCCAUCUACCAGAGCGGCUACGUGAGCCACAUUUCCGCCGUCAACCUCUACGAUGGCUGCACUCCACUCCACCGCGCGGUACAAGGGGCAGAUAACCACUCAGUGGUGAGGGCGCUGCUCAAGUUAGACAAUUUCUGUCUGAACUCGCAGAACGACGCUGGAUUGAGUGCACUGCACCUGGCCUGUAGUCUCGGCAGAAAGAAAGUUAUCGAUGUGUUGUUGGCUCAGGAAGGGAUCGAUCUGAAUGUCCGGACGCUGGACGGACACCUUCCCGAGGAGAUGACGACAAGUAAAAACAUCAUCAAGAAAGUUCAGAAAGCAAGACUGAACAACUCCUCGCACGUCUCGCAGUCAGUAAGUCAGGAGUCCCCAGUCACCCCGUCAGACUCCAUUUCCGCUAGCGUUGCCGGGACAACGGUCAACUUCGACCAGGUUCAGCAUCGGUACGAAGCACUCAAACAGGAAGUGAAGACUGGCACCACAAACUGAAGUGCAGAAUGAUGUGGAAUAGGAUUCAUUAAGCUACUGAUACACGAGGACCAAGUCCCAACAGUAGACGAGAAAAACGCUCAGUAAACUAGGUUCUCAGCGUUAUGUUAAACUGAGUUACUGCAUUCGGGAACCAGUGCAAUGGAAGCUUUUCAUCAACAUUACAGACAAUGUGGAAUGGGUCUGGUGUAACAGUGAAAGUGUUGUGAAAUGAAGACGUUUGAUCUACACUCCACCACAGGCACAGCAUGCAGUGUUUUAUUAUAAAAUUGAAUUACAGCUGUCAAUGGUUGAAAAUUGCACAAUUUUAAUUACCUCGUGCAUAUUCUACAGGACGUCCAAUUGGUCCAUGGAUGGAACAUCACGUGCGAUUCUCUUGUGUAAAACAUUCACAAUAAUGAUACACAGUUGUAGGAAGGUCCCAAAAAGUGUGUUGGGGCACACACACACACAUGCACAGACACACAGAUAUAUAUACAUAUACAUAUACAUAUAUAUAUAUAUAUAUACAUGUAUAUACAUAUACAUAUACAUAUAUAUAUAUAUAUAUAUAUAAAUACAUGUAAAAAUAGAUAAAAAACAUUGUUGCUGCUACAAAGUGAGGGUGGCACAUGCCCCCUGGCCCCGUUUUCUAGACCAUUGUGAUGGUGUGUUUCACACAUGACAUCACAGUGCAAAAUAUGUGUGCUUGCUACAGCCUACAGUGCUCGACUGCUUGUAUAUAAUUUGUAUUAUUUUUUAUUAAAUUGAUUGAAGUAUGGUAAUAAAAAAAACCAAAAUUAUGCUUCAUAAAACAUAUCAGUUUCAUCACAGUGCCAUAAUUGUUCAGUAUUUCACUGAUAUUUAUUUUACACAAAAAUCAUGGAUGUUAGCUAAGAUUAGUUUUAAAACAAUAUUUAUAGGAUAUUAAACCAUGUACAUAUGUCCCAAGUGAAAUAAUUUGCAUUUGUCAUGAGCUUUAGCAGUGACAGUGAACAUUAUUUCACGAUGGGGCAUAAACAUGAUAUGAAAUGGUAGCAAGUUUAAUAUCCUAUUUACUACCCACAAUCGACCUUAAGUUAUAUCAUAUCACUCAACUGGAUUGGAUGAUGGUCCUUUAAGGUUGUAGUGCACCAGUCGAUGACAUCGAAGUGUUGGGACGUAUCACUUGGAUAUGUACCAAGAUAGUUUUAAGCAUGUGGCUAAUAAGAGGUCAUAUGUACCAUGUGUUACCAUACUAUAAACAAGUUACUUUUCAUAAUUCAUUUUUUAAUGUUGUACGUUGACUUUUUGUUUAUUUAUUUAAUUUUUAAUAACAACACAUGUCAGAUUUGAUCCAGCAGACUUUGUAGAUAGCUGGACGAAAUGGCAGGCAGGAAUUUCAGACAAUUUUCACCGGUGUUGUGCAUACAGUGUUUUGACUUGGGUACCACAAACAUUAACACACGAUGAUCACUUUGUCAGUUCGGCUUUCAGUGUAUUUGAACAUUGUUGAUUUGUCAAUCUGGAUCGAAGAAUUUGUUUUGUGAUCAGGGAAUUUUCAUUUAAGCAUGCAUGGAAUUGUUUUUGCAGUGUGCAAUAUAUACAUGUAUACAGAACUUCACAUACGUUGUUUUCGAUUCCUAUUUAUUGCACAUUUAUUUUGCACAAGAAUAUUUACCACGAGACCACGUAGCGGUCGAGUAGUAUGUUCUUUCUUAAAAUAAACGAGUGUAAUAAAUAAGAAGUGAAAACAAUGUAUGUGAAGUUCUGUAUUUAUUACAUACCUUCUUUUGUGUUUUACAAAAAAAAAACGUUUUUUAAUUUAACGUCAUAACAACACUUUCUUA